AUGCCGUCCAUUCUUCUUACCACCGUGGCACUUUCUGCGCUGUUGAGUCAGGUCCCCGGAGUUUCCGCCGCGCUGUAUGAUACUGUGAUUCACACCAAAUAUGGACCUGUGCAGGGGUAUCCCGCUUUCAACAGCAGCCCUAUCAGCGUAAAUCUCUCCAACUGGAAGGAUAUCACUGUAUGGAAAGGGAUUCCCUUCGCAGCCAGCACUGGCGGUCAGAACCGUUGGAAAGCACCGCAGCCAGCAAAAUCCUGGAACGACACCUUGGAUGCGAGGGAGUUCGGCAACAUCUGCCCGUCGAGUACAUCGGGGGCAGCAGGAUAUACGGUCGAUGAGGACUGUCUGAACCUCAAUAUCUGGAGCGCCGCUAAGAAUCCCAAUGCAAAGUUGCCCGUCGUGAUGUGGAGUUACCCAGCCUAUUCCACUGCCGCAAUGCCCACCUUCAACGGAGGAGGCAUGGCUGACAAGGGGGUAAUCUACGUCAACUACAACUACCGAACUGGCCCCCUUGGAUGGAUGGCUCACCCAGAUCUCUCCCGGGAGUUCGAAGCGGUCACUGGCCACAACAGCUCGGGCAACUGGGGCAUGCUUGAUCAGUUCGCGGCGUUGAGGUGGAUUCAUGAGAAUAUCGCCGCCUUCGGAGGUGACCCCCACCAUAUUACUGUCAUGGGACAGUCUGCCGGAUCUGCUGCGACACAGCAUAUUGUGAACAGUCCAUUGACGAAGGGUUUGAUUGUUGGCGCCAUCAUCGAGAGUGGUGUGCGCGACCCUCACGAUCCGCUCUGUGCCGAGGUCGCCGAGAACUACCGCACGCUCGACUGGGCUGUCAACCAGGGCGUGAAGUAUCUUGCCUCCAAGAAUGUCAGCUCGAUUGCGCAGGCUCGGAAGCUUCCGAUGAACGACCUGGUCGAACCGAGUCAGUUUUCGCUGGGCUCGUCGGCUGACUGGGUGUUCACGGCCACUCUGGACUACUAUGCGAUUCCCUACACCUAUGAGAACACUCUCCGGAAGGGCGCCGCGAAUGACGUCCCCAUAAUCACGGGCAAUGCAAGGGACGAGAACGACGCUGUUUAUGGCCUAAACAUCACCGUUUCCCAGUACUUGGAAAACCUGAAUUCAACCUUUGGUGCAAAGUUUGGGCAGAAGUUCCUCGCUCUAUAUCCCGCGACCACUGGCGCAGAAGCCUCCGCCGCCCAGAACCUGCAGUACACCGAGCGCUCCAAGAUAGGAACCUGGCGCUGGGCCAACCAGUGGCGCGAAUCGGCCAAGAGUCCCGUCUGGACCUAUCUCUGGGAUCACGCCCCUCCGGGUCAAAAUCAGGGUGCCUUCCACAUGUCCGAGAUCCCUUACGUGCUGAACAAUUUGUACGGUGUGGAUGCUUAUCCCUGGACCGAGGAGGACUACCAUAUCGCCGCCACUAUGAAUGCGUACUGGGUGAAUUUCAUCAAGACCGGCAACCCCAACGGCAAGGGACUAGUGCAAUGGGAUAGAAAUGACCUACAGGACUUGAACACGCAGGAGCUGGGGGGUGGUUGGGGGAAGAUGCGUCUGGGUUCGAAGAGCAGGCUGGAGCUUUUUGCCGAAUGGUUCAAGACUCUGCCUGCCUAUUGA